AGUAAAGGAGCAGCAUAUGAAACUGAGCUUGUGACUCUUAGGCAUCAGCUUCCAAUGACAACUGACAGAAACGACUGGAUUCCAGACCAUGAAACUACAGUUGGUGCGAAGUUUCUACAAAAGGUGCAGGAAAGCCCGCUGGUGCCAGCUGGCAUGGUGGGAUGUGUAGUUGUGACAGCCUAUGGACUAUACCGAAUGAAGAAGAGGGGAAGUAUGAAGAUGUCUGUCCACCUGAUUCACACUCGAGUCGCUGCCCAGGCCUGUGUGGUUGGAGCUGUAAUUCUUGGUACUGUUUACAAUAUGUACAAAGACCACUUCCUGAAACAGAAAUAG